AAAAGAAGAAGGAAAUCCUAACGAAGCCAAACCUGACGAAGCAAGAUCUAAUAAAAUAAAGCCCAAAGAUCUUAACAAAGCCAAACCCGACAAAGCAAGAUCCAAUAAAGUAAAGCCUAAAGAAAACCCAGUGAAGCAAGACACGCACAAGAAGUAUUAA